AUGAUGAUGAGUGAAGGCCAGGGACAGCAGCAACAGCAGGAGAUCAUCAUCAGCCAGCAGCAACAUCAGCAUCAGCAACAGCAACAGCCGCUGGAGAUGGACAUCACCUUCGGGAUGAGCAGCCAUCAACAUCACCAUGCCCCUCCUUCCUCGUCUUCCUCCUCCUCCAUGCACGCCGCCGCCGCGAGCUUCAUGAGCGGCAAGGAGGCGUCAGGCGCGUAUGACCAUCUGGGGGAGCUGGACCAGGCCCUGUUCAUGUACCUCGACCAUGGCCACGCCUCCACGCAGCAAGAGCAGCGCCAGACCCUCAACAUCUUCCCCUCCCAGCCGAUGCAUGUGGAGCCAUCACCAAAGGGGGAGCUUGGUCUAGUCCUGUCGCCAGCGCCCGUGGGGUCCAAGAUGCCGAGCGGCAGGUCGUCGCCGGACUACCAUCACCAGCAGCAGCAGCAGGCAGCCGCGGCGGCCAUGGAGGAGUUGGCGGCGGGGAGCAGGAGGCAGCAGCAGGAGCACCACCUCCACCUGCAGCACCAGCAGCAACAACCCGCCUUCGCCACCGCCGAGUCCGCAGGGGUCAGCAACAACAAGGAUGUCAAGCCGCUGACAAAGAAGGAGCACAAAAGGGGCUUAUCCACCGGCGAACGCGACCCAAAAACGCUGAGGAGGCUAGCCCAGAACAGGGAGGCGGCGAGGAAGAGCAGGCUGAGGAAGAAGGCCUAUAUCCAGCAGCUCGAGUCCAGCAGGAUCAGGCUAGCUCAGAUCGAGCAAGAACUCCACAGCGCAAGAGCUCAGGGAGUGCUCUACCCCGGCAGCAGCCUCCUCGCCGAGCAAGGCAUCGCCGGAAAAGGUAUCGGCGGCAUCGACGGCCUCAGCUCAGUAAUUCGAAGCAAUUGGCCAGCAGAAGCGGCGAUGUUCGACGUGGAGUACGCGCGGUGGCAGGAGGAGCACAACCGGCUCAUGUACGAGCUGCGGGCGGCGCUGCAGCAGCACCUGCCGGAGGGGGAGCUGCAGAUGUACGUGGAGAGCUGCCUGGCGCACCACGACGAGGUGCUGGCCAUCAAGAACGCCGUCAUCAAGGGCGACGUCUUCCACCUCAUCUCCGGCGUCUGGAGGAGCCCCGCGGAGCGCUGCUUCCUCUGGCUCGGCGGCUUCCGCCCCUCCGAGGUCAUCAAGAUGGUGCUUUCGCACGUGGAGCCGCUGACGGAGCAGCAGAUCGUGGCGGUGUACGGGCUGCAGCAGUCGGCGGUGCAGACGGAGGAGGCGCUGAGCCAGGGCCUGGACACCCUCUACCAGGCGCUCUCCGACACCGUCGUCUCCGACGCGCUCACCUGCUGCUCCACCCCCAACGUCUCCAACUACAUGGGCCAGAUGGGCCUCGCCGUCCACAAGCUCACCACCCUCGAAGGCUUCGUCAGACAGGCAGAGAAGCUGAGGCAGCAGAUGCUCCACCGGCUGCACCAGGUGCUGACGGCGCGGCAGAUGGCGCGGUCGCUGCUCGCCGUCUCCGACUACUUCCACCGCCUCCGCGUGCUCAGCUCCUUCUGGGUCAACCGCAACAGGAUGGCGCCGCAGGACCAGCAGCUGGAGGCCGGCCCUCACACCUAG